AUGCUCAUGGGGAACUGCCUGCUGCUGUUCCUCUGGUGCCUCUUAGAAAAAAGCUUUGCUUCUCUGCUGCCCUCCCCAUCCCAGAACAGGAUGGGGAAGGAGCACCACAGGAACCUGAUGGUAUAUCGGAAACAUGGCAUGAUUGGAGCUCACAGAGUCAAGAGGGGAUGGGUGUGGAACCAGUUCUUUGUCUUGGAAGAAUACAUGGGAUCUGAUCCACAGUAUGUUGGAAAGCUUCACUCUGACCUGGAUAAGGGGAAUAAUAUGGUAAAGUACACACUCUCAGGUGAAGGAGUCGGCUCCAUUUUCACCAUUGAGCCAAGCACUGGAGACAUCCAUGCCUUAAGGAGCCUGGACAGAGAGGAGAAGCCUUAUUACACACUGAGAGCGCAGGCUGUGGACGCACUUACAGGCAGACCCUUAGAGCCAGAGUCUGAGUUUAUUAUCAAAGUACAGGACAUCAAUGACAAUGAGCCAAGGUUCCUGGAGGGCCCAUACUCAGCCAGCAUCCCAGAGAUGUCACCUGUCGGCACAUUUGUUACACAAAUAACCGCCACUGACACUGAUGAUCCUACUUAUGGAAACAGUGCACGGAUUGUGUACAGCAUCCUACAGGGACAGCCCUACUUCUCAGUUGAGCCCAAGACCGGGGUGAUAAGAGUUGCCUUAUCCAAUAUGGAUAGGGAGGUUAAAGAAAUGUACCAGGUGGUCCUACAGGCUAAGGACAUGGGCGGUCAGCUUGGGGGCUUAGCUGGGUUGACUACCAUCAAUAUCACUCUCCGUGAUGUCAACGACAACUCACCACGGUUUUCUAAAAGUAUCUUUCACCUGCGAGUUCCUGAGACUUCACCGGUGGGCUCAUCAGUGGGAAGGGUCAAAGCUCAUGAUUUGGAUUCUGGGAAGAAUGCUGAUGUGGAAUACAGCAUUGUCCCUGGUGAUGGGGGCUCCUUGUUCGAUAUUUACAGCAAUAAGCACACUCAAGAGGGAACAGUUAUACUGAAAAAGCACCUAGACUUUGAGACCAGGAAGGCUUUCACCUUUAAAGUGGAAGCUUCAAAUGCAGUUCUUGAUCAUCGCUUCCUACAUUUGGGACCUUUUAAGGACACUGCCACAGUGAAAGUGAAUGUUCUGGAUGUUGAAGAACCUCCUGUCUUCAGCCAACAAUCUUACAGCUUGGAGACAUACGAGGACACACCAGUGGGCAUUAUUGUCGGAGCAGUCACAGCUGAGGACCUGGAUGUAGGCAACAGUCCUGUUAGGUAUUCUAUUGAGUGGAGAAAGGAUUCUGAAAACCAUUUUGACAUUGACUCUGUUGAAGGAACUCUAUCUGUCAGCGAAGCCCUGGACAGAGAGACGAAUUCUGAACACAACGUCACUGUUGUAGCAACAAAAUUUAACAAGCCUCUGCUGUCCAGCAAAGUUACUGUCACAAUCAAGGUGCUGGAUGUCAAUGAGUUCCCUCCAGAGCUUGCCUUAUAUGAGACGUUUGUUUGUGAAAAUGCAAAAGUAGGGCAAGUGAUUCAGAUCAUAAGUGCCACAGACAGAGACAUGCCCACUGUAGAACACAGAUUCUACUUCAAAUCCCCUUCACACAUCAGAAACAGAAACUUCACAAUCAGGGAUUUUGGAAACAACACAGCUGGAGUGGUGACCAAGCGAGGAGGGUUUCAGAGACUAGAGAAGAACAUGUAUCAUGUGCCAGUAGUGGUGGAGGACGGUGGGUACCCGAUCCGUAGCAGCACGGGGACAAUGUCAAUGCGUGUGUGUACCUGCGACACAGACGGCUCCCUUCUUUCCUGCAAUAUGGAAGCAGUCUUCUUUCCCAUGGGACUCAGCCCUGGAGCUAUAAUGGCCAUAUUUCUGUGCAUUUUCAUUCUGCUGGUGAUUGUGGUGCUCUAUAUGGGACUGAGAAGACACAAGAAGAAGGACACUCUGAUGUCAUCCAAAGAGGACAUUAGGGACAAUGUGAUCUACUACGAUGAUGAGGGGGGUGGGGAGGAGGACACCCAGGCCUUUGACAUAGGUACAUUAUGCAAUCCCAAAGGUGUCAAAGAGACUGCACAGCUACCAAAAAUAAGAUCAGAGGAUCAGACUGAUGCACACAUGGAGGACAGUGAGGACAUCCAAGCUUACAUCCAUCAUUGUCUUCUGGAGAACCACAUCAGUAACUCAGCUUCUCCAUAUGAUUCCCUAGUCACAUAUGCAUAUGAGGGAGAGGGCUCGGUGGCAGAUUCCCUCAGUUCCAUUGAGUCCUGGGUGCUUGAUCCCAAGGAGGAUUACAGAAACAUCUUUGACUGGGGCUCUCGUUUCAAAACACUGGCUGGAAUAUUUAAAGAGCAUGAGUCUAAGGCCACAGAGAACUCAGAGACUAGACCACAGACUGAGUCGAUAAAGGAAACACUGGAAUGAUGUCUUUUUCAGGAGCUCUGUGAGAAACACAGUGCAUAUUCAUUUCAGGCAUGCCUCUUAAAUCAAGAAGAAUUCUGUGGCUAGGGAAAGACACUAAUUAAGUUGGCUAUGUGCCUUUCCUAUUCCUCAUGCAUAUUUUACACUCUUCUGUUCAUUAUUUGAAUAAAAGUGGAACUGCAAGGGCAAAUCUUUCCAAUUGCAUUUUAAGGUCGGUUUUAUAUUUCUCAAAGUCAAAGAACCAAAAAAUCUCUUUUGGGGAUUCUGUGAUACCCCUUUGAAACAAAAAAGUGCCUCAUAAACUGCUUUUAUUUGUCUUUCA